AUGUAUGCUGGAGAUAAGACUAUCCCGGGAUCUCUCAGGAAGAAAGGAGGGGGGGCCAAGGGGAAAAGUGGGCGGGGCACGUUCCACAGCGCCGACCACUUCCGGCGCCAGUGCACAGGCGCCCAAAAAGUACUCCCCCCCCGCACCCCCCCGCACAGGCUACUUGCAGCGCGCGUGCUCAGGCGCCACAGUCCAACUGCGCCGGCCACUAUCGGCGCGAGUGCUCAGGCGCGACUGCAGGGCCUGGCACUCGCCUUGCGGCUACUUCCGGCGGCUCGCCCAAUGGGAGCGCCGCCUGGAGAGCUGCGCAUGCGCCCCGCCGCCUCGGCCGGAACCCGCUUCGUAGGGGCCUUUGUGCGGGAGCCGGCGGAGGGCGAGGUGUGGGGAGGGCCGGGGAGAUGGGGUGGCGGGAGGCUAUGGGGCGUGUGGCGCGGCGCCUGCGGGGUCGGGGGUCGACUGGAGAAGCGGCGCGCGGCGGGCGGUUCCUCGCCUUCACUUCCGCCGGGGCGGCUCCGUUUUCGCCCGCACAGCCCGUUAACGAAAGUGAAGCUGAUCAACGAGCUGAACGAGCGCGAAGCCCAGCUUGGGGUGGCGGAGAAGGUGUCCUGGCACUCCCAGUACAAGGACAGCGCCUGGAUCUUCUUGGGAGGACUUCCUUAUGAAUUGACUGAAGGGGACAUCAUCUGUGUCUUCUCCCAAUACGGCGAGGUUGUUAACAUAAAUCUGGUACGGGACAAGAAGACUGGGAAAUCCAAAGGAUUCUGUUUCCUUUGCUAUGAAGACCAGCGGAGCACGAUUCUGGCUGUUGACAAUUUCAAUGGCAUUAAGAUCAAAGGGAGAACUAUUCGAGUGGAUCAUGUGUCUAACUAUCGGGUUCCUAAGGACUCAGAUGAUUUGGAUGAUGUGACUAAGCAGCUUCAGGAAAAAGGCUGUGAGAAUCCCAUGCCUUCAGUCAGUUUAUCUGAGGACUCUGAAGAUGACAAACCUGCCAAGAAACACAAAAAAGACAAAAAGGAAAAAAAGAAAAAAAAGAAAGACAAAGAGAAGACCAACCAGGAAGUACAGCCCAAGCUACCAGUCUCCUCUUCAUCACCCAGAAGGAAGACGUUAAAGGAAAAGGAUGCCUCAGAUUCUAAAAAGCUCAGCAGCAAGAACUCUGAGAUGGGCCUGAAGUUUGAGUCCAGGGAGGGGCGUAUGCAGUGCCACAGCUCCCCUGAGGUCAGGACAAACAGCCGCUCUGGCGCAGAGGCUCGAGAUAGGGAGCCCAGAAAAGAGCAGGCCAGGCAUGAACACAGGUUCUCAAGUAGGAAGGAGGCAAGGGAUGAAAAGAACAGGGAUAGGGACAAAGAUCGAAGUUCAGACACUUGCAUUGACUGGCACAGUGGGCCUUUUGAAAGGAAUAGUCGUAGGAGUAGGAGUCGGAGCCAAGAUACGUCUCAUAGGCAUAAAAGUUCUUGGCACUCCCGGGACCGGGGAUCCCCCAAUUCUAGAGACCGGAGGCAUCACUGAUGCUCCAGCCUGUUGUGCUGCUUGUUAAGAACUGGUCAGGAACUUGUUUGUUCUCUGUGUG